UGUUGCGGGUGGACGCCGUUACCGUUACUCCGCGUAUGCGUAUCCGUGUGUCUGUCCGCGUUACCCGUCCGUGUCCGUGUGUGGGUGUAGGUGCGAAUGUGUGUGUGGCUUUAGUCGCGUGUCGUCGCCGCUUUCAUGUAAAACGAAGAAUGUGCAAAAGCCAAAAAACUUGAUUUGUGCGCACGGCCAGCCGUAAAUCAAUUUAACAAUAUCAAUUCGGUCGUAAAACCGUUUGAAAAAAUCACGUCUAAACGAAUUUAUCCAUAUAAAAAACCAUGCAGCCGAAGUGUUAAUGUUAAUCGAGAAACUACAACAAAGCCAGAGAAAACAAUAUGUGAGGCGACUUAAAAAGUUAGCUCUGCCACUCGAAAAGAUGGCCGCCAGGAUGUGCAGCGUCGCUUCCAUCGUCAUCAUCAUCUAGUUGCAGCAGCAGUCACAGAUACUCACUGAUACAGUUACAGACACAGAUACACACGCACACCAAUGCAGCUGGCAGCCAGACACUCGCACACCAAUGCCAGUUCCUCUUAAAGGCUGGAUGUAUCCCAUGUCAGUUUCAUUUAUGAGUUUUAGUAUUAAAACUACCGAAGCUCAUUCGGAGCCCACCAAAAAGCAUUCGACUGUUGUUCCACGGAGCCUAAAAAAAGAGACAGGUGGAGCAGCGGUUGGCGCCCAUCACGGCCACCAUUUGGCGGCUGGGGCGCGCAAGCCCAAGCUGCGGCGCUUUAACUCCCACGACACCAGCUCCAAUAUGUUCUCGGUGGCGGAUUUCGAGAAUGCCCGCCUGGCCCGCCGCAAUGAGAUCGAGUUGAACCAGCGGUUGGCGCGACGCCAGCGCGGCAGCGCCAACAACAGCACAUACGGCUUGGGAGCGGGAUCGGGAUCAGGAUUGGCGGGGGGCGGGUAUUCCGGAUUCUGUGGCGGUCUCAAUGGCAGCGGCGAUUACUCCACCGGCGACAGCAAGGCCUCCAAGGGCAGCAGCGAGUCGCAGCAGGAAGCUCUGCCCGCCGAUGUGUUUCUUGAGCGAAAUUCUCUACCCCGUGUCGUACGCAUCUUGCACGCUGGCAAGAUUUCGAAUGAAACUCUGCAAUCCAGCUCAUCGCAUGGCUCCUCCACGGCGGCUUCGAGCAGCUCCUCGACUGGAGCGAAUCCGGCUGGCGGUGGUGGAAAUAUUUCCAGUGGCAACAUUGACACCGGCACCCAUUCAUCGUCCAGCGGAGGAAGCGGUACCGGAACCGGAACUGGCUCUGGUCCUGGUCCUGGACACCAAAUCAACAACAGUCGCCACAGCAGCAAUGGUGGCACACCACCCGGACACGAUGAGCUUUUUCUGCUCUACAGGCUGGUGCGACAGCGUAACAUCUACCACGGACACAAUGCCAAGACUCAGGCUUCGCAGCGCAAAAAGACUGUGCUCAUUCCACAGGAGUUUCCGGGUUACUUUUCGCUGCUGAGCGAGAAGGGUCUGCCCACGGCCACGCAGUACGGAUCUCUGAUACAGCUGGUGCGGGAACGUGUCUACAAGUUUGCCUCGGUGGACAACAUGCCGGCGUUUACUGAAUCCUCGCCCAGCAAUGCAAGUAGUCCAACGCACGAGGGCUGUCUGCCCAUAAUCAAGGGGCGUCCACAGUAUGUUAAAACGACUGCAAGGGGCGGACAGGUGUUCCGCCUUCUGGCCGUCUUCGAGGAUGGCAAACAGGAGCAGAGCCAGAAUAAUAUGUCGCAGCACGGCAACAUUAAUGCACCCAAGUCUCAUGGUAGUAGCUACAUGGGACGCGAAAAGGAAAAGAACCGAUACGCUCAAUUGCUAAAUGAGAACCGGCAGGUGAUGUACGUCCCACUGUCCACCAAGGGCAAGUUUUACGAGAUCGAACCGGGAAUCCCACAGCUGCUCCAGAAGUUGGGCGAUGCCCAGCGCAAGCUAAAUCCGGAGUGUGUGCAUCGAUUGGGUGCUUUGGUAACGGCGGCUAAGCAGUUGCCGCUGACACUGCGAUAUAUUUCGGGUCCCAGCGGUUCCGACAUUCCCGAGCAGCUGUGCAUUAGUCAGGUGAGCAAGGAGGAUGUGGUCGUUGGCUGUUCCAUUGAGGACGUGGACGCCCAGACGCCCCUGCAGCUGAGGAAGUUCCAUCCCAGUCGAGAUAUGCAGCUGGUAAAGAGUUAUCUGGGCUUUGACUCCGAGCAGCGAAUGCUUGCCAACACAAAUGUGCAGAAUAUGCUAAAGUUCUGUCAAUUUAACUGCGAUCCGUUCCUGAAGUUGGUGGAGAUUGAGUUGAUUCAACGAUCGGAACGUUCGGGAAGCAAGAAUCGGGAGGGCCUACGAAUUUUGAAACCAUUGCAUUUCCCAAAGAUCUUAAGACGCGAGAAGAGCACCAUGGCAGCUGCGCACGAGAAAGAGGAUUCCAUUAUAUUCCUCAGCAAAUCCGAUCUGGAGAAUAUGGAGGCCAAGGAGGCAGCGGCGGCUUCUGCAGCUCAGUCGGAAUCCAGUCUGAAUCGCAUCUCUGAACGCAUGCGUGUGUUUCAGUCCACCAAAAAGAAGUGGUUCGGCAAACAUCAUCCUCAGCAGCAGCAGCAGCAAUUGGUAGAGAAACAACAAUCUGUCUUGGAUCUGGAUGAGCAGGCCAAGCGAAUGAGCAUGGAGCGCUAUACGGACAUGUCUAAGCUGCUGCAGGAGCGUUUCGGCUCGGAUCCAGAGCAACCAGAACAGGAUGUCAUAUCUCUAAACAGCACCGCAGCCUCCGAUACUGAGACCACAAUGCUAACCAACAUGGAGCCCAAAUCGUUGGAUACGUUGCUGCAAAAGUCCAUGUCCCUGCAGGACAUUGAGCUGUUGAAUGGCCAGUGCAAGCCGCGUCCCGAUCUGCUGGCCAGCCACAAUCACUCGGAUGCCAUCAGCGAGGCGGGUACCGAGCUGGAGGAUGUGGAGAACCAGACACCGCCCCCACAGUCCUUCAUCACGGAGAAGCUCUACAACGAGUUCCAUGUGAAGACCCGGCAGUACAGCAAGUCAUCGUCAAGCUUGCACCAGUUGCGCCAUUUUUCGUUGCCACAAAAGUUGCAGCUCCACGAGGCGGAGAAGGAGAAGCGCCAUUUGAUGCUGCUAAAGGCGCAGCAGCAGUCAAUGGCCAAGGAGCCAAUUACUGGAAGAAGGGCAGCGGGUGGAGUUUGUCUUUUGGGUGGAGGACUCAACCACCUGCCGAUUUCGCCCGCUUCGCUGGUGGAAGAUGAUCUUCCAUACUCAAGUGUGCGCGAUUCCCUGGUAAUUUCCGGCGAGGACUGUCUGCGAUCGGAGUCCGCCAGCAGACCAGUUCCGGCUGUGGACUACACCAAGGAGAAUAUAUAUGCGGAGAUCUGUCCCUCGCACACUGUGGACACUUUUUCGGGCGCCACUCAGUUUACCCAUCUGCAGGACGAUGAUGGGGAUUACGCAUCGCUAAAGUACUCGGUUAAUGGACCACAGUCUGUCAGUCGCAUCGAGGUGAAUGGAGCGACGACGGCGGUGAAGAGCAGCGCCAUUAGCUACCACACCGUCUACCUGGGCGAGGAACCGCUGGGCGAGAGACAUGCUGCCCACAUCACCACCGUGGAGCUGGCCGGAGAGGAUAACAUUUACAAUACGCUCAAAUGAUGACUCAUGUGAUUCCGGCGACGUAAGUUUGCCGGCGCCAAGGGCCUGUUUUAAAGACGCCUAUGGACAAAGGACAAACAAGGGGAGGGGCCUCUCACACAUGAUCCUACCCAAGGCCUUCUCACUGUCUUGUACUCGAAAGGAAUUCAUUUAAUUUUCUUAGUAAUCAAUCUCAAAAAAACACUGAUAAAUUCAAACUUUAUAAAAUAUUCAAUUAAUUUGAAUACUCACUAUAUUUAUCUAUUGCCAAUUAGGCUUAAUUUUCAAUCAAUGAAAACCUAUUUUAUUCUUUUUUUGUUUUUAAUGUGUAUUUCUCAGUAAAGUACUUUGUAGAAUUUAUGUUAUAAUUUUGAUAAAGUUACUUACAGAGCUAAAGUCAAGGAAAAAUGAUCUUUUAUAGCGCCUUAUAAAUGUUUUAUCCUCUAAUUCAAUUGAAGUUUGGUUGAGGUUGAUUUUAUGUUUGAAUAAUUUUAAUAUAAUACACCGUACUUUAACUUAUGGCAGGAUUAACAUCCAACAAAAUUUCGAGUACAAGAUAAUGAUAAAAUAAUAUUUUAAACAGUGAAUAUUUGAAUAAACCCAUUUUUUUUCGCUGCAAGGCUUUGUUUAAGAUCUGUAUGAUUUUGUGGAUAGGCUUUUAAAUGGAUCAGCCACUAUCAAAUGAAUUUAUAUUUUAAUUUGUAUACAAUAUUAAGAAAUGGUUGCAGCUAAAAACGCCUUUUGAGUACGUAGUCAUAAAUCUGUGAAGGCUCUUCCCAAUUUAAAGAAAAACACAUUUUUUUGUCUGCCCUCUGACCAUGGCUUGGAGGAGCUUGGAGUAAUAUUUAAUCAUUCAAACUAUAUUUAAUGCAAGUCGAAUGCGCUGAUGCACAAAAACAAAACACAAGAGAAAAGUAUCUUAUUUUGCGUUUUAAUAGAAAAACAAACACGAAACGGAUUAUGUAUUGUGAAUUCAAACAGAAUUUGAAUCUGGGUUAACAAACACCUAAACAAAAACGGAAAGAAAAAUCUCUAUCGUAACAAAUAAUUACAUAUAUAUUUGUAGCUAGUAGUAUUAGCAUAGGGAUCAUCUUUGUAAAUGAGACGUCGCUGUGGACGACGAAAAACCCCCUUGAAAUGACAAAAGAAAUUGUAAUAUUAUUAUUAACCAAGUGAAGACAAGCAAUUUUGUAUUGUAAUCUAUAUUUGGGUGGCUCCAUUGCGCCACCAGUCCACCACCUUCGACACAUUAAACACCCCAAUCCCCAACCCAUACAAAAAACAUCAUUAUGAAACUGAACAUUUGAAAAUUGCAAUAUUAUACAAUUGUAUACAUUACUUAUAUAUAGCUAUACUUAUACACAUAUACUUACAUACAUACAAUAUGGAAAUCUUAGUGCAAACCUAAGGUAUUAUUAGCUCGUAGGCAAUCAACAAGUCAAAUCAAAUCAUAAGAGAUAUAUAUCUACAUAUGCAUAUAUUGUAUAUUUGUAAAAUAGCAUAAACUUUUAGGGCAAAAUGCCAAACUUUUACACGAUCUCUCGUAUUUUGUCGUUCUUUUUUGGAAACCCAUUAACUUGGACUUGUUGGGUUCACUUGUUUGUACCGUCCCAACAAUUCCAAGUUGAUCAAACAAAACGAUUACAUCAAAGUGCGGGCAUGUCCACACAGCAUUGUAAAUAUUUGAAUGAGUCUGGUUGUCCGUUUCGUUUAAUGCCUGUAAAUUAAAUUGUGCAGGAAGCCUAUCAGAGAACUUUCAAUACAAACACAUAUUUGACAUACCAAUAAGUAACUUUAUCGAGCCAUAUUGAAGUGCAGUCUCAAAGUAGAGUUUAGACUUUAAGAUCCAGUUUCUAGUCUUAAUUUGAAAACAAAUAUGAAACCGUUUCGAACCAGAGACAUGCCGAACUUUUACUUGUGUAAUGAAUGACUUCGGUAUCCCGGAGGAUUCUUCAAUAUAUACACUUUCAAUUGGGUACUACAUAAAUAAAUAUUUAGCAAGAACUUAUGAUUUUUUAUUUUAUUUCAUUUGACACCACAACCAAUACAAUAACCAUUUCUGAUUCGAAACUGAAACACUUUUUAUUUCACUCCCCAAUAUGGCAUAAGAUCAAGGUGGAAAAUAAUUCAAUAAAUAUUUUAAGGAAAGUCUAGAGUAACCAAAAACCCUGUAUAAAAUGAAGCAAUACUCACAAAAUAGCUAUGAUACUAGUUGUAAAACCUCUCUGACGAUGCAACAAUGCGGCAGCAACAAGUUCAGUCAGUGUGUGUGAUAGUAGCUAAGUAACGAGGGUACUUGCUAUCUGAAUAUCGGUGUUUUGUACAUAAAUAGGAACGAGGCGUAACCCAGCCCCAGGCAUAUUAUGCGUAAUGUGUACUAAGAGUACUCAGUGGCGGUUACUUUGCAUUUCAUAGUUGGUAGACAGGCUUCGCUGAAGCGCAAGGGUGAUAAAAUGUUGAAAGUGAGCGUUGACACGCAUUCAAUCUUUUUUGUCCUCAACCAGAUCAGCUUUGUGUUAUAAAUAGAUGUAUCAUCUGUGUUUGCAGAUAAUAUUAAAGAUAAAGAAUACUUGACAACUAACAACCCGCCAGCAUAUAAAUUGGUGUGAUAAUAAUGUAUAACAGAAAAUAAUGUGAAUUAUAAUUAGAGGUCAGUUUUAAAUUUUUUUUAGAGAAGUACGGAAAAAAUAUCUAUCAGAUAUGCGCAAAUAACAUUUUAAACGGAUGUUUUAUUAAUGACGAAAUAACAUAACAUGUCGCAUGUAAUAUUUAUUUUUAGCAGCUUAAAAUACAGCCACUAAUAACACGGAUACAAAGCUAGAAUGUUAUAGAAAUCAAGCAUUAUCAGGAAUUUUUACGGAAAGGAAGAACAAAUGAUUGCACUGAAAGGGGCCCUCAGAAUGCCGCCCGAACAGGCCUUUAAUAUACUUUGUUGCAGCUUAUAGUGAGGCAAUACAAAUUUCAAUAAGAAUUUAAUCGAUUAUAGAAAUGGAGAAACGAACAAAACCAACUAAGUAAUCAUGUUUUUGGUGUCUAUGUUAAUCCCUAGAAAUUCACACACGAUUAAUCAAUUAGAAAUCAAUGUCAAACAGUAGUAGUGCCCACACAGCAGCAAAUAUAGAUAAACAAGUAUUUAAAAUAUGUAUUCAUAAAUUUGAAAAAUAUAACCUUGUAGCACUUUUAGAUCCUCAACAAAGAAACAAAGACCCAACUUUAGGUAUUCACGAAAAAAAGAAGAUGAUUUUUGGAACUGAGCGCUGAUCGAUAUUUUAGAAGAGCCCUGCUCUGGCUUGGCAUGACUGAAUUGAGAAGAUGAGAACUAAAUUGAAACGAAUUGAAUUCUAAUAAAAUGUUUGGAAAUGGGUACACGAAUACACACAUAGAAACACACAUAUAAGGAAAACUGAUACGAUAUUACUGUUAUAGUAGGAUCUUUUUCUAAACGCUGACCAUGGAAAAUAUGCAAGAAGUACUGCUUUAACAGCAGCUUAGUGACCUCAGCAAAGGCAGCUCACUUCAACAGAUUAACUCUAACUGAGGCCACCCAAUCAAGUCUAGCAUACAAAUUUAUAUUUCACGUUGUACUUAUAUUUACCUAGAUAAAAAAAAAAUUACACACAAAAAUCCCUUUGGAAAACAUGUUUAAACCCAUACAAGUGAAAUAAACUAAAAUACCUUUUCAAA